CACAGAGCAAGCACCGGAGAAGGCUGGGCUCCAGGAAAGCAAUGAAUCAAUGAAUGAGUGGCAGCUGAUUCCUACGCUCCCCCCCCCAUGCAUAUUCCUUUAUUUAUGGGAAGAGCCCACCGUCAUCUUCCAUCACACGCACAUAAACAGGGGGCAGGGGUUCUGUCGUUCCAGACCAGGAGGAGAGAAGGUUCUACGGGAAUCAUCUUUGCUCGGUAGCAGGAAGGAGCCUCAGUCGUAGGAGAUGGACCACUUUGGUAUCUAUGGAGAUGCUCUGGGGGCUCUCACCAUCUAAGAGCUUUGCACAUCUCUGCUUGGAACAUGUGAGCGUCGGAUGAUGGGACUAGAACAAAAAAAUGCAAAUGAAUCGGUGUCUGGGAGGUGGUCUCUGAAUGCCUGUAAUGUAUAAUGGACCACUCCCUGACCUGAGAUUGGGGAUUGAGUAAAAAAGGCACAGGACAGGGGCUGGCUGUGUGUUGUGUUGGCCAUUCCCUGCUAUGAUAAUCACAUGGAUUGAGCUCCUUCACCUGACGGAUAUGUAAUUGCAGACCAUGGCACUGGGGUUCCCCAGGCUUGCCCACAGCUCACCUUUCAGGACCAGUCACCAUGGGGCUCAAGAGCAGACACUCGGCUGGGCAAGUGGAGAAGAAAGCUGCUCAUGUUGGGGAUGGUGAACAAACCUCUCUUGGGGCAGGAGUGGAUAAGGAUGGGACCUUGUUGCUGGUGGGACCUGGGAAGGAAGACGUCAAGCGUAACCCUCAGGGAAUAGGGCUCUUGGCUAAAACCCCUCUGAGCUGUAGCAGACCCAUCAAAAGGAACAACGCCAAGUAUAGGAGGAUCCAAACUUUGAUAUAUGAUGCUUUGGAAAGACCUAGAGGAUGGGCACUGCUCUACCAUGCCUUUGUGUUCCUGAUAGUCCUGGGGUGCCUGAUCCUCGCCGUCCUUACAACCUUUAAAGAAUACGAAGACGUUUCUGGCGACUGGCUCUUGCUUUUAGAAACUUUUGCCUUGGUGAUUUUCGGAGUGGAAUUUGCCUUAAGGAUUUGGGCUGCUGGAUGCUGCUGCCGCUACAAGGGCUGGAGGGGGAGAUUGAAGUUUGCAAGGAAACCUCUGUGCAUGCUGGAUAUCUUUGUCCUGGUUGCUUCUAUACCGGUAGUGGCUGUUGGGAAAAGUCAGGGAAAUGUCUUGGCCACGUCGCUUCGAAGUUUGCGGUUCCUUCAGAUUCUCCGGAUGCUUCGAAUGGACAGGAGGGGAGGAACAUGGAAGCUUCUCGGAUCUGCUAUUUGUUCCCAUAGUAAGGAGCUCAUCACUGCCUGGUACAUUGGCUUUCUGACUCUUAUCCUCUCCUCAUUCCUUGUAUAUUUGGUGGAGAAAGAUGUUCCAGAAAGAAAUGAAAAGGGAGAGUUGAUAGAGGAAGAAUUUGAGACGUACGCUGAUGCUCUUUGGUGGGGUCUGAUCACUCUUGCAACCAUUGGCUAUGGGGACAAAACGCCCAAAACUUGGGAGGGACGGCUUAUAGCUGCCACAUUCUCGCUGAUCGGUGUUUCAUUCUUUGCCCUUCCUGCGGGAAUUCUGGGUUCUGGGCUGGCUCUCAAGGUUCAAGAACAACAUCGGCAGAAGCAUUUUGAGAAACGAAGGAAACCAGCGGCAGAACUUAUCCAGGCUGCAUGGAGAUUUUAUGCCACCAACCUCAGCCGGAUUGACCUGAUCGCCACAUGGAGAUACUAUGAAACCACUGUCCAGUUCCCAUACUUCAGUCAAAAAUGGAGCCUCUUGGAUCGUGUACGACUUUCCAAUCCCAGAGGAACCAGCCCGAAAGCGAAGACAUUUUCCCCAUUAAACAUUGAAGGAGCUGAAGAAAGUCCUUCCAAAGAGGCCAAGAAUAUCGGAUUGAGUAAUAAGGAGCGUUUCCGGACUGCACUAAAAAUGAAAGCCUAUGCUUUUUGGCAGAGUUCAGAAGAUGCGGGGGCAGCUGGAGACCCGAUAGCUGAUUCAGGAUAUGGUACCGAAUUAUUGGUGGAAGAUUUAAUACCAACGAUAAAGGCAGCUAUCCAUGCAUCUAGAAUACUUCAGUUUCUGUUGCAUAAGAAAAAAUUUAAGGAGACUCUACGGCCUUAUGAUGUGAAAGACGUCAUCGAGCAAUAUUCAGCUGGGCAUCUGGAUAUGUUGUCAAGGAUUAAAUACCUCCAAACAAGAAUAGAUAUGGUCUUUGCUCCUGGUCCCCUCUCAACCCCCAAGCAUAAGAAGUCUCAGAAAGGAACUGGAGGGCUGGGUGGUGGAUAUGGCUACUCAUCACAACAGUCUCCAAGACAUGAUCCAUAUUCAGUGAAGGUUCCAGAAAUUGAAGACCAAAGCAUGAUGGGAAAGUUUGUCAAAGUGGAAAGACAGGUACAAGAUAUGGAAAAGAAACUGGAUUUUCUUGUUGACAUGCACAUGCAACACAUGGAUCAGCUACAAGUUCAUAUCACAGAAUAUUAUCCACUUAGAGAAACACUUGCAGAAGAUGAGGGUGUGGGCAGCAGAUAUUCUGAAGUUGAGGGGUUGAUUUAUAACUAUACUGAAUCGUGCUCCCAUACCAGCCCAUACCACCCUUUGCACCAAGUUUCCUUCAACAAGACGAACCAGUAUGGUUUCUUUGAAAAUUACCCAAGGAGUUUUACUGCACCGUUGCCUUUUAAUGGUGAAAACUGUUCACGGGUGGCUACACCUCCUUCAUCUUAUACGGAAAGGCCAACAGUUUUGCCUAUUCAGACCUUAAUAGACACACGGGUCGACUAUCAAGACAGCGGAAAGACUUCAAACCCAUAUUUAAAAGAGGCUUCUCCAGUGCAAAGGAGAAGUUUCAGAGACAGCGACACGCCAUUGUCUCUUCUUUCAGUUAACCACGAUGAACUCCAGCGAUCUCCGAGUGGGUUUAGCAUUUCUCAAGAAAAAGAGGAUUUCAGUUUUGGUAACAAUGGUUCUAACUGGAUGAAAGAGAAACGUUUCUUAGCAGAAGGGGAAACGGAUACCGAUACAGACCCUUUUACUCCUAGUGGUCCCAUAACCUUGUCUUCUACAGGUGAUGGAAUUUCAGAUUCAGCAUGGACUCCUUCCAACCCUGUUUAGAUUGAAGGAGUCCCUGCAUCAUUUUUUUCAAUAUACUUACUCUUUGUAUAUGUCACUUUACAUUUUCCAAAGCGCAGUAGGUCCAGCUCCAAUGGCUCCAUACGAUGCAUGCUUAAAAUUAAUAGUCAUUGCACCAUCUCUGAUACUUUUAAUUUAUAGUUUAUACCACUGAAAUGAAGUUCGGAGCAUGAUCUGCAUGCAAAAAGUGUACACAAUAUAGAUGUUACAGACAUGCAUAUUUUCUUUUUUAUUGAUACGGCACAUAAUGUGGAUCUAUGCAGAAAGACUUGUUUGUCAGUUUUUUUUUUUAUAAAAAUGGAUUUUUAAAAAAACAAAACCGUGUUCAGUGUUAAAGAACACAUGGUUAUAGUCAUAGUUUUGUGUUUACCAGAACUAAUUUCUAUUUCAAAAUACCAAAUGUAGGGUUUGAUAUACUAGUGGACCUCCUAAAGGAUAAGUAAACCUUUAAAAAAGUGAAUGUAAAAUUGAUGAGGGGGCUAUUCUAAGCACUUUUGCAAUGUAUAUUCAUUAUUUAUUUAUUUUUAAUUCCAAGAUAU